GGAAAUCACAAGACAGCUUCGAGGUCUAGACGCAGACACGCAAGUCGACACGAGCAACACCUGGAAUUCAUUUUUCCAGUGUAGGUGUUGCCAAACAAACAUGAAAAGACCAUCGAGAUCCAGGUCUCACAGACAGCUCGAGCUCGUGGUCGACAGCUUCUUUUUCUGCCCCUCCUGUACGAUAUGGCGAACCGGUCGACCCGGUCUGCGAUCUGGUUUCUUGCGACGAGCCCUCUCGACGACCCGACGAAACUCUGCUGCGAUUCCCACCUCACACACGGCCGUCAACGCCACGAAGAAUGUGCCCGCGCGCUACAAGCCGCUCCAUGAAGCUCUGGGGGAGGUGUGGAAGAAGGCCUCGGCGCAGGUGAACCUGAGUCGACUACAACUUGCGCUGCAAGGUCUCGAGUCGGAGACCCCCGCCACGAGGGUGGCAGUGUUGGGACUGAACGUCCAAGACACGGCGCGGAGGGUCGUGCGAUUACUGCUCGCCGACGCACUGGAAGAUGAAGGGUCGUGGGAGAAACAGAUUCUGGAUCCCGGGGCUGCCUUCAGUCACGGCCUGGUGAUACGGUAUGGUCGACCGCCGAACCCAAACCUACCACAACCCAGGACCUCGACGCCGGUUCUCUACGUGCCUUCGGACGUUCUGCUGAGGAACAACGUCGAAGUAUUGGUCUCGACGAUCCAGGGUUUGGGCAAUGGCGAGCUGCUUCAAGGCGCCCACACCGUCACCGCGGAUGCGUUCCUGUCGCCUUCGGUCGGCACGCCCACGGCGGCAAGUGGCAGGCAGGUCGCGAUCAGCCAACCUGUACACAGCACGUUGCUCGUCACGAACGGGUUAGGAGAGCUCAUGGCGGCCGCAGAGUUGCUCGCUUCUACAAAUUUUGUGGCUCCGGAAGACCGCAGGUCGGUCCAGUCGGUGGUGAACCUGGAGGGUACGAAGACGACGGCAGCUCACGGACGACAGGUGCUGAUCGUCGAUGCGACCAAGGCGGAGGAAGGUCUCGCAGCGAUUCGUCGGUCCGUGACCGAGGCGAGAACUUACGAGCACAAAUGGAUAGAUUCUGGCCUUCCUUCGUUGACGACCUGGCUCACCUCUUCAUCUGCCGCUCGCUCCGAGGGACCUAUCCCGGCAACAGUGAAGACUUUGAUAAGCUCGGUUCUCACCAAUGCAACGAGGAACUUACAAGCACAGGCUGCUUUAGAAAAGCGAUCCAACGCAGCUAGGAGUAUAAACUAUACGACAAAGGCUACCCUGGAAGACUUGAUCGAAGAGUUUUCUCGAAAUGCACAUCAAGAGCUUCAGUCAGGAUUAUCGUCCGCAUGGGGUUCACGAAACUGGCGGAAACUAGCAUGGUACAAGCUCUUUUGGCGAGUCGAUGACGUCGGAUUGAUCAUUACCGACCUCAUCACGAACGCAUGGCUACCACGGACCGAACGAGCCGUAUAUGAGCUAUCUGGCCGCUUUUCCCAGGCAGGAAUAUCUCUAAUGGAUGUUCCGCAAAACGGUAAUACCGUGGCUCUUCCCGAAACAGAGAAGAUUGAAGAGCCUACCCAAGUAUUACAAGCCCAAGCAGGAGUUGCGACCGAACCGGCCGUAGAACCAGUGCUGGUCAACAGAACGGGAAGAACAGAGAUCGAGAUGGCAGCCAUUGCACGUCCAGUGCCUUUGUCGUCUUCGAUUUCAGCCAUUCGUGCUACUCAAAUCGAUCGUGCCAUCACUAGUCUUACCAGUACGGCUCAACAGAUUGUGCUCAAGACACUGUCCUUGACUGGUCUCUCAGCUGGACUAUCUGGCCUGACAUAUGUAUCCGUGGCGGGCAGCAUGUACGAGGCUGGAACCAUCGUUGCUCUCGGCACGGCAUAUGCCCUGUGGCGCAUGCAGAGCGACUGGUUGAAUGCCACCAAAACUCUGGAGACGGCAUUACACGAAGAAGGUAAGACGUUAAUUCGGAGGAUGGUCGGCCGAAUGAGGGACUUGGUUGAGCAGGGUAGCAAAGUUGUCGAAGAUGAGGUCGAGGUUCAUACACGGAGGGAGGCCGAGGAUGCCGUCCUAAGGGCGAAGGAGGAACUUGAACGUCUGAAGUAGUCAGGUAGUCGAGAUUCAUAAUGAUCAUGUCUGGAGUCUGUAGCACAUCUCUACAUCACCAUCAUGAUAGUCUUUGACGGACUUAGCUGACUUGAACUGCGUCAUCG